GAGGAAAAACUGAUAAAUGCUUACACAUGGAUUUGUUAUGAAGGUAGGCAAGGUUGGGUCACCCACACAUAAUUCCAUCUCUCUUUUUUCAAUUUAUUGCACUAUUUUCCCCUUUAUAAACACUUGUCUUGUUAUUUCCAUCCUACUACUGAAUACUCAUCGAUCACCACCCAAAAAGUAAGAUUUUGAGAAGAAAUUAAGUAAGUUCCAAGAAAAUGAAGAUGUUUGCUUGUGCAAUUUUUGUGGCUAUGGCUAUUUUUUCAAUACAAGUUAGUGGUCAAUCAGAUAAUUGUCAACAAGUGAUUGUUGGAUUAGCACCUUGUUUGGAUUAUAUACAAGGGAAUGCUACAAAACCAUCAUCAGGAUGUUGCACUCAACUAGCCACUAUAUUGAAAAAUGAGCCACAAUGUUUGUGUCAAAUGAUUAAUGGUGGUGCUUCUUCUUCUUUAGGAAUUAAUGUCAAUCAAACACAGGCUAUGGCUCUUCCCAAAGCUUGUAAUGUUCAGACACCCUCUGUUAGUCUCUGUAAAGCUACUACUCCGUCUGGUUCUCCAGGAUCUUCUUCAGGUGGAUCUAAGGGUGAACCAAGUGGAAAUACAGGAUACACCAUAAAGCUGCCAUACUUUCUCUUGUUUACCCUUGUAGUUGCAGCAUCAUUCACCACCAUCUGAGAUCCACUUUUGUUUGCAGUGUGUUUUGGAGUUUGGCACAAUUUGGUUACGUUACUAGUUUUUUUUAUUAUUAUUUACUUUGUUAAUUUGAUGUAAACUUUGUAAUUCACUACGCUAAGGCAGAGGCUUUGAUGUACUUUGUUCAAUUUUGAGAUGUACUGUAUUAAAGAGACUUGAUCAAGAUUGAAUUAAUUUAUAGUCGUGUUGGAUGAUCAAUCCUUUUUUU